UUUGUUUAAACCAUAAGAAUGUUAAAAUUAAUGAGAAGUAUUAAAUGUAAUAGCAAUAUUCGUACUUACAAGACUGACAAUGUAAGAGUUAGGUUUGCUCCUAGCCCCACAGGUUAUUUACAUUUGGGAGGCCUAAGAACAGCAUUAUAUAAUUUUUUAUUUGCAAAGAAAUACAAUGGAAAGUUUAUUUUGCGCAUUGAGGAUACAGAUCAAACUAGGUUGGUGCCAGAUGCAAUACAGCAGUUACAAAAUGAUUUGAAUUGGUCAGGUAUUGAGAUCGAUGAAGGUCCUUCACAAGGAGGUUGCUUUGGACCUUAUAUUCAGUCUAGUCGUUUAUCAGUAUACAGAGAACAUGUACAUUUUUUAUUAGACAAAGGUUUGGCAUAUCAUUGUUUCUGUAGUGACAGGAGGUUACAGCUCUUAAGGCGGGAGGCUUUAAGAGCUCAUGAAAUUCCAAAAUAUGACAAUAGAUGUCGAGAAUUAUCUCUUGAUGAAGUGAAAACUAAGUUAGAUAAAGGCGAAGUGUCUUGUAUAAGGUUUAAAAUAAAUGAAAAUGAAGAACAAUUUAAUGAUUUAAUAUAUGGGGAUAUUACUUACAAUGUUUCAUUGAAUGAAGGAGAUCCAGUCAUUAUUAAAUCGGAUGGUUAUCCAACAUAUCAUUUUGCAAAUGUUGUUGAUGAUCAUUUGAUGAAGAUAACUCAUGUAUUGAGAGGUGUUGAAUGGCAAAUAUCAACCAUAAAACAUGUUCUUUUGUACAGGGCAUUCAAUUGGAAUCCUCCAUUGUUUGGUCAUUUGCCAUUGUUAAUGAAUGCAGAUGGAACUAAAUUAAGUAAAAGACAAGGGGAUAUUAAAAUCAGUCAUUACAGAGAAAACAAUAUAUUUCCAUUGGCGAUGAUAAAUUUUAUUGCCCAUUCUGGAGGUGGGUUUUCAAAGGAUUUGGAACGACAUUUAAAACCACGAUGUUAUAGUAUUGGGGAAUUAGUAAAUCAGUUUGAUUUGACAAGAAUUAAGUCACAUUCUGGAAAACUAAUGAUGGAGCGAUUGUUAGAAUUUAACAGACAUGAAUUAAAAAGAAGAUUACACAGUGUAGAGGAAGAACAUAAUUUAAUUCUCCAAGUUAAGGAACUGGUUCAAAAUGCAUUUUGUGGCAGGGUAUUAGAAAGUUCAUUGCAGUUAAAUCAAGAAUACAUAAGAAAUAUUUUACAUUGGGCUGUAAACAGAAUAGAUAAACUUUCUGAUAUUGUUUCAAAAGACUUAGAGUUUAUCUGGGUUAUCCCAACUGAACUAAAAAUUGAAGAGCCUGAUAUGAAUGCAGUAGAAUUAUUUAAAGCUAAAUUGGAAAAUGAAGAAGAAUUAAGUGAAAAAAACAGUCUUAACACAUUCUUAAAGAACUUUUGUGAAGAGAAUAAAAUCAAGUUUAGUAACUUCAUGAAAUUACUCAGAUCAGUUUUAAGUGGACUCAAGGAGGGGCCUGGUGUAGCCGAAAUGAUUGUGAUUUUGGGGAAGAAAAAUACGUUGAGGAGGUUAGAGACAUGUUUAAAUAAAUCUAAGGGUAUCAGUUAAUUAUUAUUUAAUAUUAUAGGUAUACAUGUUAAGGUACAAAUCAAUUAUUUAAACUUUAACAAAAGAUUUUUUUAUAUUUUCAUAAAACAUAUACAAAUUAAAUUAUAAAGGCUAGUACUGGUUCAAUUUGUAACUGAAUGUUUCAGCUUUUAAUACAUUACAAUUAAAUAUUCAAUGAGGAAGUCAAUUAAGUAAUUUUAUUUGGUGGAUUGUCUUUUGUGGCUUGGUCUCUAGGAAAAUAAAGUGUUUUAUUUUAAGGUAGGUCUUAGUUUACAUAUGUACAUACCUACCUUUCGAUUAGUAAUUUUUAUUUUCGAAUUAUAUUUGAAUAUCUUAAUUUUAUUUUACAAUUAAAUAUAUUUUUUGUACUAUAUUUCUAUUUUUCAUUUAUGUUGUUGGAUAAUGUGGCAAGAGAAAUUGGUCUUUAAUAAACAAUAUAACUUCUUUAAUUUUUCAUAACAAGAACUUAAAUAUUAUUGCAAAAGUAUAGCAGUAUUUCUAAAACACAAUAUAUUUACCAAUUUCUGAUCAAGGAAAUUUGGCACAAAAUCUGUGCCAAAUUUCAGCUCCAACCAUAAAAAAAUUGGAGACAGCAAAAAUUUUAAUUCAUUGGCUAAUUUUGGGGAUUUUUAGUGACUUAAUUUUCAUGUAAAUAUAAGUAUCAAAAGAUCUGAAAAAAUCAGCCAGUAAAUUAGGUUCAGUUCUAUUGUCUCUAAUUUCUUGGACGUUGCAUUCAAGCUAGAAAAUGUGUCAUAAUUUUUUUGAUAAUUGUAACAAUAGAUGUUGAUCAAUUUCUUAAGUAAUUUAUUGGAUUAAAAAUUGGUAAAUGUGAAAUAGGUUUAACUAUAACCAUUUUUUGGCCAAUUUCAUGAACAAUUUAUUGCA